CUCUUCAGAGUCAUUGCUUUUUUCUGCCAAUCAAGCUGUGACAGGAAUCUACAUGAUUUGGGUUUUCUUUCAGGGUCCAACCAGGCAGCUAUGAUGGUUGGAAAGCCAGUCAGGCAGUGGAGGUCCAUCUGUAAGGGACUGAUCCUGGGUGCGCUCCUGACCACCUGCAUGAUUCUUUUGUACUGCCUGUCGGCCCCAGAGGUCCAGUUUGGCCUGCAAGAGGUCCCAGUGCCUUACUCAUGUGCUCAUCGCCCUUCUGCUGCCCACUCCUCACCGAUCUCUAACAGCUCCCAUCAUGCCUCUGGGCAGCGAACCUGCACUCCAAAAGUGGACAUCAUGUUCAUGAAAACCCAUAAAACAGCUAGUAGCACUUUCCUCAACAUUCUCUUUCGCUUUGGCGAAAAACACCACCUCAAAUUUGCCUUCCCCAACAGCCGCAAUGACUUCUUUUACCCGUCCCCUUUCCAUCGCUCACAAGUCAAGGACUACAGGCCGGGAAUGUGUUUCAACAUCAUCUGUAACCACAUGCGUUUCAAUGCUGCUGAGGUGGCCAAAGUGCUUCCCGCCGACACCUCGUACAUCACAAUCCUCCGGGACCCGGCUGAUCUCGCUGAGUCCUCGUUCCACUAUUUUGGACGCGUUGUACCUCUCACUUGGAAGCUUUCUGGAGAUGAGAAGCUGAGAGAGUUCCUGAAGGAUCCAAAGCUCUACUACGACCCAGAGGGAUUCAACUCGUUCUAUCUCAAAAACUUGCUUUUCUUUGACUUUGGACAGGAUAAUAACUUACAUCCAGAUGACCCAAAAGUGGACGAGGCCAUUCACGCAAUCGCCAAGCGCUUCCAUUUGGUCAUGCUUGUGGAGUAUUUCGAAGAGUCGCUCAUCCUGCUCAAGGACGUCCUCUGCUGGGACAUGGAGGACUUGCUUUUCUUCAAACUCAAUGCCCGGAAAGGUUCAACUGUUUCUAAACUGACUCCAGAGCUCAGGGCCAAAGCGCUGGAGUGGAACGCCAUCGAUUGGAAGCUUUACCAGUAUUUCAACACCACCUUCUGGCAUAAAGUGAACGCUUACGGCCGUGAGCGCAUGGCGAGAGAUGUCGCAGAGCUGCAGCGCAGAAACGCAGAAAUGGCUUCCAUUUGCAUUGAAGGAGGCCACGCUGUCGAUGCAGGAAGCAUCUUGGAGACGUCCAUGCAGCCGUGGCAACCCAUCGGUGAGAAGUCGAUUAUGGGAUACAAUCUGAAAAAGAAUGUCGACAAAGCGCAUCGAAAGCUCUGCAGGAAGAUGCUCAUGCCAGAGCUUCAGUAUCUCAGCGAUAUGGGCGUCAACCUGUGGAUAACAAGACUGUGGGGUCGCAUAAGAGAGAUCCUUCACUGGUAGCUCAGAAGAAAUGUUUUGCUUAGGUGAAAGGUCAGCACUGACUUUAUGGGAGCUUGUUUCCGCCACAUAAUAAAAGAUUAAAAUCUCAUUGUGACUUUUAUCUCACAA